AUGUCCAAUGCACGCAGAGGCUUGCCAUUGGGGUAUCUGAAUCAACUUGAGCAGAGGUUAGCAGAAACCGAGUCCGCCCUAUAUGGAGCACUCACAGCCCUCCGAUCAAUGGGAUCAUCAGCCGUACAAGCCUCGGCCAAGACCGACACAGCACCUAAACACAAGACAGCACGCAUGGAAGAGUGGUCCCAACUCCCACUCCGAGAGUGGCCGGACAUGGAACGAUGGAUGACGGUGAUGUCGGACCAAUUCAACAUGGAGCAGCCAAGAGAGAUGAUCCCCGAGACAUCAAGGGGCGGUUACGCAAUACCGAUGACUCCUAUUCACGAUGAAACGCGUUCUUUAGGUGUAUCUGAUGAGCCGCAUUCGGGGACUGUGCGGUCUCCAUGGCAGCCUGGGGAUAGCAGAAUCAGUAUAGGUAGUCCGUAUGAUACCCAUCAGCCGCGCCCCGGAAUGAUGGCUUCCCCGGCGUAUUAUAGGCAAGUUGCGGUUGAUUUGGAGGUCCUGCCGUCUCCAUCAGCUAGAAGUUCCCGACAUGAGGUGGAUGAUGCCAGUGUUUCUGUUAUGGAUCAUUCAAAAGCAGCAGCUGGUGUGGAGCCGCGAUCGACGAGGGCUGAGGAGCUAUCACACGAGAAUCCGAGUCUAUAUUUCUGA